AUGGUCAACGACACGACCGACGCCUCCCCCGUCGCGGUCGAAGAAAAGAAGGCAUGGAUGCCCAAUCCUCGGGACGGUGAACAUGUAUUCGGGGUGGCACAUAUUUUCGCUUCUUUCAAUGACACCUUUGUGCACGUCACCGACUUAUCAGGAAAAGAGACUAUCGUUCGCGUAACAGGUGGCAUGAAGGUAAAAGCAGACCGAGACGAGGCAUCUCCAUAUGCUGCAAUGCUUGCUGCUCAAGAUGUUGCUGUCCGUUGCAAGGAGCUCGGGCUGACCGCUCUUCACAUAAAGAUGCGCGCAACUGGUGGGAACAAGACUAAGAGUCCCGGACCUGGUGGCCAGUCUGCCCUUCGCGCACUUUCUCGCUCUGGUCUCAAAAUUGGCCGCAUUGAAGACGUUACGCCUGUCCCCACAGACAGUACUCGAAAGAAAGGAGGUCGGCGGGGCAGGCGCUUGUAA